CUGAUAUAGAUAUUUUCACCAACGACAUCAACUUCUGGGUGAUCUUCCUUUCUAUAAUUUUGGGAUGUUUGAUCAUUUUCGUGCCUUUUACAAGAAUGAGUCAUAUCGUCACUUGCAGCUUUGUAGGUUCUUACGCUUGUAUAACAGCCAUGAACCAUUAUGUUGGAGGAAAUUUGCAGUACAUCAUCAUCAAUACGUUCAGAAGAGCUACAGUGAAGCACUUCAAUUAUGCAGUAAUUGAUCCGCCAUUCCAAAUGUUAGAUAUUGUAAAUUCCUUCCUUUGGGUUGUACUGUUUCUGUUUGGUGUAUUCGUUCAAAUUCGGGACCAACAUGGGAAACCACCGUUCCCUCCAAACCGAAGCGGAAUUAUACGGGCAGCUAGAGUCACAGAGAGUACGCCAUUGAUACAUCCCGAAACAGUGGCCGCCCCAGAAUACGUUUAACAUUAAAAUAUUGAUUAUAUUUCCCCGCUACAUCGGAAGUUGAUAUGGGUAUUCAUUUAUCUAUCUAAUAUACAUUCAAGUAUUCAACCUUCCAAUCAGAAAGAGUUGAUUAUUUCACCUGUUUCAAUUAAUGAAUCUAACAUCAUCGAUUGGUAUUUAAUCAUUAGUCUCUCUACGUGAAUAAUAUCAAAACAUGUCGAGCAGAAAAAUAUAUUUUUGUAUAGUUAUAAGGCUUGGAAAUAAAAGGUUUUCAUUCA